GGGAUGGGGCUGUGGCCGUUCGCCUCGGCCCACUGUUGUUCUGUCCCUUGCAGGCUCUCGCGAUGGCUGAGGGCUUGAGAGCUGCGGUUGCCAGCCAGACGAAGAGACUGAGCAGCAGCGGUGAGGUGGCUGAAAGGCUAGAAGAAAAUGGACACCAAAAUAAAAGGUUGAAGAGAGAUGCGGAUGAGGAAGGUGUGGAGGAUCAGAAUAAAAAGUCACCCAAAAGGAAGAUUGUGUUGUUGAUGGCAUACUCAGGGAAAGGCUACCAUGGGAUGCAAAGAAACAUAGGAUCAUCACAGUUCAAGACAAUUGAAGAUGACUUGGUAUCUGCCCUUGUUCAGUCAGGCUGCAUCCCAGAAAACCAUGGGGAAGAUAUGAAGAAAAUGUCUUUUCAGCGGUGUGCUCGAACAGAUAAGGGUGUGUCUGCAGCUGGCCAGAUUGUCUCACUAAAGGUCAGGCUAAUAGAUGACAUCUUAGAAAAGAUCAAUAACCAUCUUCCUUCUCACAUCAGAAUUCUGGGUCUGAAGAGAGUCACUGGGGGAUUCAACUCCAAGAACAAAUGUGAUGCCAGGACCUACUCUUACAUGCUGCCAACAUUUGCCUUUGCCCAUAAAGACCAUGCUGUGCAAGAAGAGGUUUAUCGACUGGACAGAGACACCCUUGAAAAAGUCAAUAAACUGCUUGGGUGCUAUAAAGGAACACACAACUUCCACAACUUCACAUCUCAGAAGGGACCCAGGGACCCCAGUGCCAAGCGGUACAUAAUGGAGAUGUACUGUGGAGAGCCGUUCAUGAGGGAAAACAUAGAAUUUGCCGUGAUCAAAGUGAAAGGUCAGAGUUUCAUGAUGCACCAAAUAAGGAAGAUGAUUGGGCUGGUGAUAGCUAUUGUGAAAGGUUAUGCUGCUGAGUCUAUCAUAGAGCGCAGCUGGGGAGAGGAGAAAGUAGAUGUCCCCAAAGCCCCAGGACUUGGGCUGGUCUUGGAAAGAGUACACUUUGAAAAAUACAACAGACGUUUUGGAAAUGAUGGGCUGCAUGAGCCGCUGGAGUGGACAGAGGAGGAGGAGAAGAUUGCUGUUUUCAAAGAGCAAUAUAUCUAUCCUACCAUUAUCAACACAGAAAGGGAGGAGAAAUCCAUGGUGAACUGGCUAAAUACCCUCUCCAUUCAUGACUUCGAAUCUUCUGCUGUUGGGAUGCAAGCUAACAACAAAAAUUCAAAGAACAGCAGCGAUCUUGAAGGCAGUGAUGGUUGUGAUGAUGAUUCGGACUGAGCCAGUUAAGUGGCUGGACGUGGGACCCCUGCCGCUUGCAAUUCCUUUUGUCUACAAAAAAGUGGCCUUUCUAAAUCCAAGAAUCCAGUAAAGUAGGGAUUUGUGUGCCUGCAGAACAAGAACCGGAUGCCCAGGAGAAACUGGGUGGGGAAGACAGUGCAGUAGAAAAAGUAAACGAGGCUUUUUAUACCACUGACCGCUUCACCUGACUGAUAUACUUGAAAAUAGUGUAACAAGAAAGAAGCUUUCUAGGAGAAUCUUGUAAUGCAGGAUAUCUUAAUUGCCAUUUGAAUAAUGUUUUUAUUAUAUGUUUACCUGGAAAAUAGUAUUUUAAAUAUGUAUAAUCUCUACAUAAAGAUGGGGCAAAUCAUUUUAAUAGACUCUUUUUAUUAUUAUUAUGAAGUUAUGA